CGCCGAAAGAGAGCAGAGAGCUCGCUGUGUUCACGUUGCCAUGGCAGCCAGGAUCAGAGUCCUCAUAGUCGCCGCGAGCUUACUCCAAUUCACCGAGGUGUCCUCACAGCUGCCCAAACCGGACAACGUGAUGGUGGUCUCCUUCAACAUGGGGACCGUCCUCACCUGGGACAUCCCAGAAUACUCCCCCAGCAAUCUCACCUACACAGCCCAGAUGAGGGGCAUGGAGGACUUCCAGACAGUGUGUAACCACACAGGGGACCGGCACUGUGACAUGGGGCCCGUCCCCAGCUGUCUGGGGGUCUUCGUCCUGAGGGUCCGGGCGGAGGCCGGGACCGCGAAGUCCUGCUGGGUGAAGGUCCUCCACAAACCCUCGGAGGACACCGUCAUCGGGGCCCCCACCCUGCAGGUGGAGUUCAAAGCCGAAGAGGUGGAGGUGGUGAUGGCGGACCCCGUGCUCAGGGUGCUCCGCCCGCUGACAGACUGCUACAGCAAGGUCUCCUACGUGCUGCAGUACUGGAGGAAGGACCGGCCUGACCACGUGCUGGAGAAGAAGGGUGUGGCAGACAAGAGGGUGCGACUGAGGCUGAACGACCCUGGGAACAGCUACUGCAUUCAGGCUCGUGUGGACCCCUAUGGGCGAGAGGGCCUCUUCAGCGAGCCAGUAUGUGAUCAAUCAGGUGAUAACAAGCUGCCGGGACGUUUGGUGGUCGGUUUGGCGCUGGCGUCAUUGGCCCUCCCUCUCUCACUGCUGGUUGGUUGGUUGACCUACAAAGCAAACAGAUUCCUGAAUCCUAAGACUGCUCUUCCUUCCCUGCUCCAGAAGCAUCUGUCCCAGGCCAACGCUACCACUAUCGACUCAACCAACCAGCGGGCCCCAGCUCUGACCCAGGAGCAGUCGGAGAAGAUCAGCUUGUUCUAUGAGGAGCACAGCAUCUGUGAGGUGGUCCUCAAACAAGACCAAGGCUGUGAUGACAACGGGAGUAAAGGAGAGGGUGAAGGGCUGAAGAGCUACUGCAACUUCCUGCAACUGAAUCACUGGUCCUAUAGAAACCUUUAAAGGCCUUUUUGACAUAUUAUACCACCAGGUGUGAGUGUGAUUAGCCGUUACGAGCCGUUUUGAAAAUCUGCCCCUACUGACAUCACAAGUGGGCUUGUCCACCUAGAUGUAUGCUGGAUAGAUCAGUCUACCAGCAAGCCCAGUGCACUGUAGUAAACGUUACUCAUCGAUCUGUGAAACAUCUAGGUGGAAACGCC